CCCUGUGCUCCCUAUCGGCACACUGGGAUAAACUAGGGAUUAACCCUUAUGCAGUCUCUCAAAGUGAUGCGCGGCCACGUCUGUCUUUGCAAAUUUGUAGUACUAAUUCCUAAUCUCUUUUACAUUUUCCUAAGGGACAUUGUCAGGUUCACCAAAUGGGGGACAUUAGUGUUUUUUUUGCAGGUGCAAUAUAAUAACCCGGGUAUUCAUAACGUAGAGAACAUAACAUAUAUUACCCUGAGAAGACGCCCUAUCUAUCCAAGUCUUUUCUAUACACUACAGAUGUCUAGGUGGAAGUCCAGUUGUGUCCAGACUCCUCCAUCAUCUCCUCAGAUAGGACUCCACUGUGUCAGCGAUGUGUUGUCUCCGGUCAGUCAGAUCCUAGAGCUGGGAGGACAGAUACACUGAGUCCUUCAUGUGGCCCCACAAAAAGAAAUCACAGGAUAUAAGAUCAGGUGAUCGUGGAGGCCGGGACAGCGUUGGGGAAUCGUUUUCAGUGCGGCCGAUCAAGCGUUCUGAGUUUAAUUCAGGUAUCGAUAAUCAACCAGAUGGUAAUGUGGCGGAGACCAUCCUGGAUAUAUUUGGUAGAUCUUCCUCAAUCUGUGGUAUAACUCGUUUCUAUAACAAGCCCAGAAAGGAGCGGCUGGUGGUCCAAUCCCCAGACCAUAGACUCUGCUCCUGCUCGUCGCACAGAACACGGUUCCCAUGGGUUAGUCCAUCACGUGCUCCAUAAGGUCACAUGGUUUAUAAAGGAGCGGCUGGUGGUCCAAUCCCCAGACCAUAGACUCUGCUCCUACUCGUCGCACAGAACACGGUUCCCAUGGAAAACGAAAAAGACAAAACAACAAAUGAAAAUCCCAUGAAGAAUUUACUGUGUGAAGCAGAACGCGAGGUUCCCCGAUUAUCCGGUGCCUGAAAUGUGCGGAUGCGCCUUGUCAGAAGAGCUGCCCGACUAACUUGGAUAUUAAGUCAUUCAUCACCAGUAUUGCAAAUAAGAACUACUACGGUGCUGCCAGGACGAUCCUCUCUGAUAACCCUCUGGGCCUGACCUGCGGAAUGGUGUGUCCGACCUCUGACCUCUGCGUAGGUGGAUGUAACUUAUACGCAACUGAGGAAGGGCCCAUUAACAUUGGAGGACUGCAGCAAUUCACUACUGAGGUAUUUAAAGCAAUGAAUAUCCCACAAAUAAGGAAUCCAACGCUGCCCCCUGUGGAGGAAAUGCCGCCAUCUUUCAAGACGAAGAUCGCUCUGAUUGGUGCCGGACCUGCGAGCAUUAGCUGCGCUACAUUCCUGGCCAGACUUGGAUAUUCGGAUAUUACAGUGUUUGAGAAGAAAGAUUAUUGUGGAGGGUUAAGUGCAUCAGAAAUCCCUCAGUUCCGUCUGCCGUACGAUGUUGUCAGUUUUGAGCUGGAGCUGAUGAAGGACCUCGGAGUUAAGGUAAUUGAGGGCAAGGGCCUGGGAAUGCGAGGAAUGAAUAUAAGAUCUCUGAAGGAGGACGGAUUCGCAGCAAUAUUCAUCGGGAUCGGAUUGCCUGAGCCCAAAAUUGAAGAUGUUUUCCGGGAUCUUAAAGUGGAGCAAGGAUUCUACACGUCUAAAGACUUUUUACCCCUAGUGGCCAAAGCGAGUAAACAAGGGAUGUGCGCCUGUCACUCUUCACUGCCGUCCAUAAAGGGAACUGUUAUCGUGCUGGGAGCUGGAGACACCGCGUUCGACUGUGCCACCUCCGCCCUGCGCUGUGGGGCCCGCAGAGUCUUCCUGGUCUUCAGGAAGGGGUUCACCAAUAUCCGAGCGGUCCCUGAAGAGGUUGAAUUGGCCAAAGAGGAAAAGUGUGAAUUUCUACCGUUCCUAUCGCCCCGUAAAGUGAUUCUUAAGGGCGGCAAAAUAAGCGGGAUGGUGUUUGUUCGAACAGAACAAGAUGAGGACGGAAACUGGAUCGAAGACGAGGAUCAGAGCGUACAGCUGAAAGCCGAUGUGAUCAUCAGCGCGUUCGGAUCUGUGCUGAGCGACCCCGCAGUUAUUGAAGCCAUGGAACCAGUCAAGUUUAACAGAUGGGGUUUACCUGAGAUUGACUCCAAGACUAUGGAAACCAGUGAAGCCGGUGUAUUUGCCGGCGGUGACCUUGCCGGUUUGGCUAAUACAACGGUUGAAUCGGUUAAUGAUGGCAAACAAGCCUCCUGGUACAUCCACGGAUAUAUACAGGAAUUACAUGGCGUGUCCAUUACCGGUGAGCCCAAACUGCCUCUGUUCUACACACCUAUCGAUGACGUGGAUAUUAGUGUAGAAAUGGCCGGCCUGAAGUUUCUCAAUCCUUUUGGGCUUGCUAGUGCCCCCCCCACCACCAGCGCCCCGAUGAUCCGCCGAGCGUUCCAGGCUGGAUGGGGUUUCGCUCUAACAAAGACAUUUUCCCUGGAAAAGGAUAUAGUGACAAAUGUUUCUCCGAGAAUUAUUCGUGGAACCACCUCGGGCCCCCUCUACGGCCCCGGACAAGGAGCCUUCUUAAAUAUCGAACUUAUCAGUGAGAAGACGUCUGCGUAUUGGUGCAGAUCUGUUACCGAGCUGAAGGCCGACUUCCCUCAACACAUUAUCAUCUCCAGCAUCAUGUGCAGUUACAGUAAGGAGGACUGGAGCGAGCUGUCCCGUAUGGCAGAGGCUUCUGGUGCUGACGCUCUGGAGUUAAAUCUUUCUUGUCCUCAUGGAAUGGGAGAGCGGGGGAUGGGUUUGGCCUGUGGACAGGAUCCAGAACUGGUGCGCAACAUCUGCCGCUGGGUACGACAAGCUGUCAAAAUUCCGUUCUUUGCCAAGCUGACCCCGAACGUCACAGAUGUUGUGCAGAUUGCUAUGGCUGCGCAUGAAGGUGGUGCAGAUGGUGUUACUGCAACUAAUACGGUCUCAGGACUGAUGGGACUGCGAGCAGACGGAACGCCGUGGCCCGCGGUGGGGAGAGGGAGCAGGACCACAUAUGGCGGGGUGUCUGGCAACGCCAUCAGACCAAUCGCCCUCCGGGCCGUCUCCGCCAUUGCUCGUGCCAUUCCAGGAUUUCCUAUUUUAGCCACUGGUGGAAUUGACUCUGCAGAGAGCGGGUUGCAGUUUCUCCAUAGUGGCGCCUCAGUGCUGCAGGUUUGCAGCGCGGUUCAGAACCAGGACUUCACGGUGAUUGAUGACUACUGCACCGGGCUGAAGGCGCUUCUCUACCUGAAGAGCAUUGAGGAGCUUCAGGACUGGGACGGGCAAAGUCCUCCGACCCCCGCACAUCAGAAGGGCAAGCCGGUGCCCAGAGUUGCCGAUAUAAUAGGGAAGAACCUUCCGAGCUUUGGAUCAUUUUUAGAGCAACGAAAGAAGAUCAUGGCCGAGAACAAGAUCAGGUCCCGUUCUGAAAAUGCAAAUACUUCUACGACAGAGAAGAAACAUUUCUUCCCGAAGAAGCCCGUACCAGCAGUCAAGGAUGUAAUUGGCAGAGCAUUGCGCUAUAUUGGAUCAUACGCUGAAUUAAACAUAAGAGAACAAGUCGUGGCUCUGAUUGAUGAAGAGAUGUGUAUUAACUGUGGCAAGUGCUACAUGACCUGCAACGACUCCGGAUAUCAGGCUAUCGAGUUUGAUCCCCGGACCCACUUGCCCACGGUGGGUGACAGCUGCACCGGCUGCACUCUGUGCUUCAGCGUCUGCCCUAUUAUUGACUGCAUCAAGAUGGUUACCAGGACGACACCUUAUGUACCGAAAAGGGGCCUUCCUCUGAGCGUGAAUCCUGUGUGUUAGGUCAUUAGAUCAGCAAAUGAUGUGGUGAACUUCACUUCUACCACGGCUGGAUUACCGCCUCAUUAUCGCGCAUCAUUGGAAAUCCAAUCAUCAGACGAAGAUGAUAGAGCGCAGAACGGCGCCUUAAAUUAUCGCCCUAUGAAAUUAAUUCUUAGUCCUUUUGAUAAUUUUCUACCUGUAUCACAUGCAUACGUGUCGGGGGGUUCGUAGUUGUAAUAAAAAUGGUUAAUUUGGUAAAUAAAUCCGUCCUAU